CAGACCCGGCGUCUUAGCCAGUGGAACAGCCGUUCCCCGCCUCAUCAUGAGAGGGACCUGGAGCCAAGUGAUUACCCUAGCGGUAAUUUUACAAAUCGCUCUAGUUUCGGGAAAGGCAUUAAUACCACAAAAUCAACAAGCACAGCAGCAAGUGGAACAGAAGCAGCACACGGCUCAGAAGCGUGUCGGCUAUGACUACCCAGCGCCAUCAGUCGAUCUCGUCAACCCGUUCCAAGACCACGAUGACCUUCAUCCUCACGAUGACCACCACGAAGUGAUCGACGACCACGGUGAUCACGACCACCAUGAGCACCACGAGCACCACGACUUCGAUGACCACGACCAUCACGAGCACCAUGCCAUCCACGAGGAGCACCAUGUCGAAGAACAUCACGAGGAACACCAUGACCAUCAUGAGCAUCACCAUCCCGACCCUGGUUACUGGAAAAAGAAACUUAUUUGGAAACCUGGAUGGAAGAAAAUUUGGAAACCAGCCAAAAAACAAAUCUGGAACCCUUCCUGGAAAAAGAUUUGGAAGCCAGUAUGGAAACCUAUUAAGCGUCCAGUUUGGAAGGAAAUUAAAGUUCCGGAUUGGAAGAAAAUCUACAAACCGGAAUGGAAGCCUAUUAAAGUUCCUGCGUGGAAAGAGGUUAAAGUUCCUGACUGGAAAAAAAUUACCGUGCCGGUCUACAAGGACAUAGUCGUACCGGGUUGGAAGGAAAUACAGGUUCCUGCGUGGAAGAAAGUCUGGAUUCCUGAAUGGGUCAAAGUUGGUAUUCCUGGAGAGAAAUACUUAGGAAAAGAUCACGAAGGUUGGGAAUACACAUCUCAUGAUCUAUGGAAAAAGAAAUUGGUCUGGAAACCGAUUUGGAAGAAGUACUGGAAACCGGCUAAAAAGCAAAUCUGGAUUCCAGACAAGAAACUGGUGUGGAAGGACGAGUGGAAGCAAAUUUGGAAGACUGAGAAGAAACAGAUAUGGGUUGAUGACAAAAAGUUAGUCUGGAAGGAGGCUUGGCAACAAAUUUGGAAGCCAUCAAAGAAAUUGAUCUGGGUACCUGACAAGAAACUUGAAUGGAAGGAGGCCUGGAAACAGAUCUGGGUACCUGGUUGGAAAGAGAUUUGGGUUCCAGGUGUGAAGAAAAUCUGGAGACCCGUAUGGAUAUCUGAAUGGUUCCCCUCCCCGGACCACCAUGAACAUCAUCACGAAUCCCACGGCUGGGACAGGAGUGACAUCACUGACAACAAUACAGCAGGCAGCCAAAAGACGUUAUCCGUACAACCAGCUCCGCAGCAGCAGGGCGCACAGAAGCAAGCACAGCCGCAACAAAAAGAAGCACCAAAGCAAACAAUCAAGUCAUGGUUGUUCCCUGAGUAAAUUAUAACUUAAUUGACAAAAUUGAACGCUUUUUAUGUAGACUUUUUGUUAUAGAUCCGAAAAUCGGAUGUAUUAUGUGCUUGUGUAUAAAGCGUUACAAUGCCAUAUAAAUGUGAAGACUGUAAACACAUGCCACAGGCGUCGCGAUGGAUAGCGAACCAGGGGAGCGAGGAAACAAUCACAUCAUGGCUUCUCACUUAGGUAACACCAUUUGUUUAACAUUAUGACCAUUGCCAUGCGAAAACUGUGAGUCAGCGAUGCGAUUGUUUCUUGGCCCGUGAAUACAAAUUCUCACAAUUAAAGUUCACAGUAGAGUUCAAAUGUUUUGAAUACGUUAUUUAUAGUGUCUAAGCUUUAAAAGUGUUUGUGUAAUGUUGUCGUAGAUUGUAGGGAUACCGAGAGCUUGUUGUCUGUACGUACCCACUGAUGCUAUGUGUUUUGUUGUUGAUUAGUUUAUUACUUUAAGAUUUUAUUUGUAGGUCUUUAGAUAUAAUUUUGCG